CUGAAACGUUCGAAAAGGGAGUAUAGUUGGUGCGUUAUCUAAAUACACGUGAACAACUGUCAAAUUUUCGAAAACAUAACCAUGUAUUUUUUUGGACACCCCCUUAUUGUUACCAGUUGAACUGUUGAUCCUUUUCUUUCCUGUUUUGUUGCUUUGUUAGUGUCAAGUGCUUUUGUGUUUCUUUUGUGCUUUACGUAUUUUUUUAUAAUGUCCGUGCCAUGUGACUUUCGGCUUUAAUUGGCGCUUUCGGGGAAUUACCAACGAUGUCCAGACGAAAGCAGAGCAACCCAAAGCCGCUGAAAAGUGAUCCACAUGAGAAGCUGCCUCUGGAUUUCCGCAGCGAGACUGAAUUGCGAAAAGGGGAGGAAUCAUGGGUGAACAAAACUGACGAAAACACUACUGCCACCGAAAAAGACAAACCCUCAUCCACCACACCUCCGGCCAGAAGCAAAACACCCGAAAAAUCAGAUGAUGACGAUCCCAAAACCACCACAAUCAAAACAGAAGCUGAUUCGUCACCUCCACGAAUCAGACUCAAAGCGAAUCUUGCAACGGAUCCUGCGCUUCAAUCACACGUCACCAUUCCUAGUCUCAAAACGGAAAUCGAAACGAGUCAGUCUCCGAGUGAAUAUCUAGCAGCGUUGCCUUCGGCUAUACACAACGCACUUGCCUCCCGAGGCUUUUUCUUACCCAAUUUGACCGAAAAUCGGCCGAGUGAAACCCCGGAAGUUGCAAGACAACCGAGUGUUCCUCUCUUUAUUUGUCCACCGUGUGGGAUCCGCUUUUCAUCAUUGAGUACAUUGGAAGCGCAUCAGACGUACUAUUGCUCUCAUAGAGUGAGUAAACCCACGGAUGAUGAUGCGAAAUCUGUUACUGGAGUUGAACCAAGUGGGAGUCAGUCCGACCAAGACCCUUCCGAACCCACAACUAAAAACAUUCGCACCGGAAAACAGUACACUUGUACGCAUUGCACUUACAGUGCUGAUAAGAAAGUGAGUCUCAAUAGACAUAUGAGGAUGCAUACGGUGUCCCCUAGUCCAGCUAAUGUGGCCACAACCACAACCAUACCCAACGGUGAUGCCUCUAAUGAUAAUCAAGACCGUUAUUGCGCCGAAUGCGACAUCCGUUUCAGUUCACAAAAAACCUACAGGGCCCACAAAAUGCACUAUUGCAAUUCAAGGCAUAUUGUCAAAUCCUCGGCAAAAACAACCUCAAGUUGCACCUCAGGAUCGUCUCCGACAUCGCCAAUUGACACGACUUGUCGAACGCCUCCAUCCCCUGGCAGUCAAAUCCCCCAACAACCUUUCCUAGCAUUACCAACUAACCCAAUCAUAAUUGUGCCAUAUUCGUUAUUUCGUAGCGCAAGUGUUCUUCCAGGUAUUCUUCCAUCAGCUGCCGGUUUACCCAAUCCCGACACCCCCUGUUUCCUCUUACCUAACGGAACCUUACAACCGAUGACCCAAGCCAUCAAUCAUAACCCGCCUCCACAACCACCCGAAGUCUUGAAAUCAGUAAACAAACCCAAGGAAAACAAUAGAGAAGCUACUUCUGCACCGUUGGAUCUCAGUAUACGAAAAUCUCCAGAACUUAGGAACCUUGUCAUUGAUUUAGGUGACGACCACGAGAAAGAAAACGUGAAAAAUCGCUCGCCAACACCUGAAAAAAUCGAAUGUGUGCCAUCAAUCCACGGAUCACCAGUAUCCCAAACUGGAGUCUCUCCUGUUCCAAGUGUUUCCCCCAAACGCAAACACGAGGAAACCUCCAGGAGUAACAGUCCGCGAUUAUCCCGCUUGACCCCAAAAUCCAACUCGACAAACGAACGAUCCAGAACUAGUCCCGAAACCAACUCUUCAAUAUACGACAUUCCUCCAGGCCUGCACCCCCUUUUAAUGAGAGCCGGUUCUCUUUCCCUUUUUUCCCCCGAAGUCCAAAUGCGACUUGCCGAACUUCCAACUUUACCUCCCGUCGCCCCCCAAGUCCUCGUCAAGCAAGGAGUCUCGAAAUGUAAAGAAUGUAACAUAGUAUUCUGCAAACACGAGAAUUACGUCAUUCAUAAAAAGCACUACUGCUCGGCGAGAACACAGGAAGAUGAUGGGUCGAAAACAUCAGGAAGUCCUCCUGUAAGUCCUCGAAGUGCGGGUACUACGAGUCCUGCAGGACAGUACCAACAAUUGAUUUGUUUGGCUUGUGGAAUCAAGUUCACGUCUUUGGAUAAUCUCAACGCGCAUCAAGCGUACUAUUGUUUGAAACGAGGGGAGCUAGAUGUGAGGAGGUGUGGGAAGUGUCGAGGGAUUGCUGAGCCUGGGCAUCAAUGCAUUCCUGCAGGGCCUUUGUCAGGAUGGAAGUGCCCGUGCUGUGAUGUGGUCAGUCCGACGGCUAGUGCCGCCCAGCGGCACAUGGAGUCUCAUACGGGGGUCAAGGCGUACAGAUGCACCAUUUGCAGAUACAAGGGAAACACUUUGAGGGGAAUGCGCACCCACAUAAGAAUGCAUUUUGAUAAACGCUCGCCAGAUUUACAGGAGGAAAAGUACAUAACAUAUAUCUUGGAAGACGAUGGCGCAAAUGUGGUGGAAGUGAACGUGUCUCCGGCGACGAGUGCCCCCGGCGUGACCGACGAUCGGGCGGCGUCUCCCAGUUCGGAAGGGCGCGUUGAGUCAUUGCACCACUGCACUCAAUGCAUGUAUAGCUCCCCUUACAAAGCGAAUGUUUUACGCCAUGCGAAAAUUGCGCACAGCCCCCGCGAGCCCGAAGAAGUCACCGUCAACGGCUCCUCCGAGAAAUCCACCACCCGGUCAAUGCCGUCAUUGGACGACGAUGACAUCGUCAUUAAAAAAGAAGCCAUAGAGCCUGAAGUCAUAAUCGCAUCGAUUGACGAUUCGCCGAAAGAAAAAAAUUCUGAUGCAGAGGUCAAGAAAAAAGAGCAAGAGGAGGAAAUUUUGCAAGAAGCGUCAAAAGCCGGUCCGAAGUACUGCAAGUCUUGUGAUAUUUCUUUUAACUAUUAUUCGACGUUCAUCGCCCAUAAGAAGUUCUACUGUUCGAGUCAUGCGGGCGAAAUAACCGCCGCUACUGCGAAUAACAAUAAUAAUUCAACACGAGCGGCAGAAACUUCGGUAUUGUAAAAUGUAGUGUUCUAGUGAGGAAAACAGGUGAUUUUUUAAGUGUUGAAAUCUGGGCCAGUCCUUCUGUAUACGCGUACUUGUUAUCAUGUAUCUUGUAGAUUUUCGCGACCCAUAAUCGCAAUACGUUACAUUAACUAUGAGUGUAUAAAUAAGUUUUUAGACUUUGUUUUGUAUAAAGUAAAGAUUUAUGGAUAUUUUUAUAGGUAUAAGUUGUAACAUACUAAUAUGAAAUAAUAAUGUUAUGCCAAAGCAGUAGUGUACGAUCGAUUUUUCUUUUAACGGAAUUUUCUAGGUACAUACCUUACAUAAGCAUAUAAGCCUCUUUCAUUCAUAUCGUUUGAGGGACUACGUCUUGAGUUGCAAUUCAAAUAGCAUAUGUACAUGUAAAUUCAUGUUAUUAUUAUAUAGUUGUUUGGUGUUCAAAACACCUACCGAAGGUUAUAUAUACAGUGAUUGCCCUUCUUGGAGACAAUAAAUUAUUUAUUUGUA